AGCGAGAGCGCGUCUUCGGGGCUAUUCGUCGGCACUGCUGCCAAACCGGGGGCGGCUCGCCGCUUUAUUGAUAGUUCGAGCCUUUUGUAUGCGGCGUCACGAUGCGGUAAGUCACGUAUCCAUUCCUGCGGUUUUGACAGGUUUGCUGGACGGCAAAGUGGCGCAAUAACGAGUGUAGUUGAAGGAAAUUACACGCGCAAAGAUGGCACCAUGAAGAUUUGGGCGCACGGAGCUUUCUGCAGCAUUUCUCGGUGUUUGCGUCUUUGCUGAUCGGAAAAGAAAAAAAAAAAAAAAUGCCUCACGCUCGAAAUAGGAACCCCAGCCCCAUCCCGGAGGGGACGUGGGACACGGGUUUGAAGGAGAUGAACGAGACGUGGAAAGGAGCGAUCGCGUGUCUCGGCGUGGCUGUUUUCUUCGUCAUGACCAUCGGGAUCAUAUACUGGCAAGUGGUGGACCAGCCCAACAAGAACUGGAUCCUCAAGGGGACGUUCAGCGGACUCAUCUGGGAGAGAAGGACCCACUCGUUGGUCAUCCAGACCCUGGCGGAGGACAGGACCUACGUGGAGAUAGACGUCGGGAACGCGGGGGACCCCGACCUGGAGGUUCCUUUUGUCAGGAACCUGUGCUGGCUCAACAAGACCGAGUUCUGCUACACCUGGGACAAGGUGGCCGAGAUCAAGAUCUCCCUGGACGUGGACGAGGACGCGGGGAGCGAGUGCUACAGUAUGACGUGGACGCCGGUGCAAUGCCAUGUGCAGCUCAAGGACUGCUUCUCCAUGACAAACAUAUCCUGGUACGGCGGCGCCAGUGUCAAUGGUCAGACGUGGCCAAUUAAUGAUCAAAACGCCACCAUGCAGCCCUUCGUCGUCAGCGACCUCAAGGAGAAUCCCUCAGGCUUCGGCUCUGCACUGGAGCGCUACUUCCUUGGCUCCUCAGGUGUUGCCCUACUGGUGUCUCCUGACCUCCCUCUGCAGCUGGGGAUGGACAGCAGACAACAAUUUUGCCUGCAGUCCCUGCCCAGUAUGGAUCUCCUCCCGCUGCAGUACACUGUUUGUGUGGCCAACAAUGUGAAGGCAGCUCACCAGGAAGCAGUGCAGCAGCUCUCCCAGCUCAAUCGGGAGAUACCAAACAUGAGUGCUGUGUGGCUGCCAUUCUGGAAGCUACUCAGCAAUGUGGAUUCGGGACAAAAGGUGGAGAGGGAACUGAGAACCUUCUCUAACCGUCUUAGAAGACACCAGCUCGGGGAAGGAAUCAUCAGCCUCAAUGAACAUUCCACCAACCUCCUCUCUGAAAUGGACCAUGACUACCUCAACAACAGGAAAAGAGGGAAGUCCAAGAGACUUACCAGGGACCUCCCACUUGUCAAGCUUCUUAACAUUUCCGUCACUCUGUCCCCUUUCCUGAGCGUGGACACCACGCAGUUCCAUACGUCCCUCCUGGAUGGCACUGAGGCCUUCUGGCUUAGUCUCCCCUCAGCUCCUCACGGUCAGCUGGUCCCUUUGUUGACUCAGUGGCAGGGGAAGUUCUGUGUAAAACUAAACGUCACAAACCCGGGAGCGGUGAGCUGGUUCCUGGACAGAGUGGGAUCCUUACAAGCACAUUUGGGAAUGGAGUACAUCCUGCUGGAAGGGGGUGAGAGAAAUUUGUUUGAGGAACAGUCAUUAAGGCCACCUCAAACUCUGGGUGGGGACACGUACAUCAGCCUGCUGGCCGACGUGGCCUCCAGGAUCGGAGACUCCACCAUCAUGUCAGCGGGGACGAGGUCCAGUCACAAGCCUGUAUUUCUAAGGAUGACACCCCUUCAGUCUGACUGGGGCCCAAUGGGCCUGAAGGGCAUCAUUCCCUCCCUGCUGCACCACACUCUGCUGGGAUACAACUUCCUCAUUCCUGAUGCAGUAGGUGGCUCUCUAUCUGGAGACAUGGUCACGGAUGAGGAGUUGUUCAUCCGUUGGCUGGAGAUUGUUUCGUUCCUCCCUGUCAUCAGCUUCCACACACCACCAUGGGUCUGUGGAGAAGACCGGGUGCUCAACUUAACUCGGAUAUACAUAACCAAGCACCAGAGGGAUGUGGUGCCACUGAUAGAAAAGUAUGCAGAGGAGUGGCAGGAGACGGGAAGCCCCAUCUACCGGCCCAUGUGGUGGCUCAGUCCAGAAGACCCGCUCACCUUCGCCAUCGACGACCAGUUCAUGAUUGGAGACGAGGUUCUGGUGGCACCGGUGGUGGAGAAAGGGGCCGUGAGGAGGGACAUUUAUUUACCUGACGGGGGCUUCCAAUGGCAGGACAGCCAGAACGCUCAGGUGUUCGAUGGAGGGACGUUCCUGCAGGACUACCCUGUGCCCUUGGAGGCGGUGGGUCUUUUCUUUCGGCGAAGAUGAUUGUCUCCAUUUCAGAAAAAAAAACUUGUGCUGUUCUAAACUUGCACUUUUUCCACAAAAGACCAUUAACUGCCUCAAGGCCUUGUCUUGGAGCAGCAUGUAGAAAUAUAUCUUUAUACUUGCACUUUAUUCUAAGAUGUCUUUGUUUUCCCUUUUUUAACAAUGUUAAUCAGUUUUACCUCUUGGCUGAUUUUGAAAUAUUUGGACUUUUUGUUGUUGUUGUUGUUGCUGUCCUUUUGCGUACGUGGCCUGGAAGUCCAAGACGCUUACAUUUCAUGAAACAACUUAUAUGACAGAAAACAAGUUAAAGUUAAAGUACCACUGAUAGUCACACACACAAAAGGUGUGGUAAAAUUACCCUCUGCAUUUGACCCAUCAAGGGGAUGGGUCAAAUGCAGAAGAUCACUCCUUAGUUUUUCUCCACUUCCUGCAAUAGAACCUCCAAUUUCUGAACUCGACCAAUUUUUCUUCCGCUUCGAGGCUACCUCAGCAGUCCCCCCUUUCUUUAACUUACGUUUGACAUUAUGUAUUUCCCCCGCGGGAUAAUACGAAUUUCUCUUCUUUCAUCUGUUUGUGUUUUCUCCGUAUGUUUGAUGUUCGGCUUUUCCGCCAGAAUUGUGCCCUCAUAUGGGGAAUUAAGGGUGUUUACCUAUGCAAAUUACGGAAUUAAGGGUGUUUACAUAUGCAUAUUGGGGAAAUAAGGGCGUGUUUUAUGCAAAUUAUGAUAGACACGCACGCGCUAACCAUUUGGCAUUCAGCAACUUAAGAACAGCAGGUGGGAACAAUUUGGCCGUUUAAGAACACGUCAUGAAUUUGAAUGGCCUCCUCUUAGGAAAUCACUUAGGAAGAAAGAUUAAGAGGAAAAGUUAGGAACUUAUUUCUGAAAGGGCCCAAUAUUAAUAAGAAUUCCAACAUAGCAGUCAUUAGAAAUCCCUCAUUUACAUCAUCACAGCCAUUUAUAAAAAAUUUAAGAAAACACAUAAAAAAAUUUAAAAAAAACAUUUUUUAAAAAUGAAAAGUUUUUGAAAAGAAUUCGAUUCGGAAUUUUAAAAAAAACAUUUAUUUAUGUAGUUUAUUUUUUUUAAGAAUACAUUUUUAGAAAUAAAUUUUUUAGGCCAUCUCUGCGCUUAAUCGCUGCAUGUAUACAUCAUACUGUACACCAGCGGCCAAGAGGGGCUUCUGUAACCUGUAACUUUCAUUCUAAUUUUUGUAGCAAAUAAUAUAAUGCGAGAAUCGGUUUUAAUCGAGAAUCGAUUGGAAGUCGUUGGAAGAUUCACAUCCCUCGUAACUUGUUUUGCCUUUGGUUAACAUGUUUUUUUGAAAUUGUGAGGUAUUUCAUGAAAUGUAAAAGGUUUUUAACGCACUUCCAGGCCAUCGUAUUAUUAGUAUGUAAUCCGUGCGUUUACAUACCUUGGUUGUUGUUGCAUUUCAACAGUUUUUAAUGUUAUUAGCUGCUGCUGCUGCUGCUGUCUCUGUUGAUAAGGAGGAGCCCAUUGUUGCUUAAAAUGAACCUGAAUCUGACAAGAAGACCAAAUGGACAUGAAAUGAUGUUGAAAGGGGGUUUUAUUGGGGGAAAUUUAGGGGUACCUUGCUCACAUGUUAAAAAAAAAAAAAAAAAAACGGCUUUUACUUGAAUUUAUUAGGCCAGAGUGCUGAUAUUUUUAUGAAUGUACCUCAUCCCUUAAAUUGUCACUGCUUUACAUAAUCACCCUUUAGCACUUAUUCAACUUAAUUUUACCUGGUUGACACCUGAAUGUCCCAUAGUACUGUAGGCACUGAUAUUGUAAUCUUUGAAUAUAUAUCUGCCACGUUUGACCUUCUUAUAACAACCUGCUGUAGCGAGGGGGCUCUCGCCGUCGCCUCCUUUGAAUUUGUACUCGACUAUUGCGUUGAUAUCUUGUUUCAGCUGUGCGAGAAAGGAAGAUAACCUUACAUCCUUUCUCACUGCUCACAAAAAAGACCAUUUAACACAGUCUUAUAAAUACUUCAACAAAAUAGAUCCAAUGCAAGAAAGAACCAUAGGAAAUCAUGCAGUCUUUAAUAAUAUUAGUGCUUAUUUUUCUCUCCACGUUGGUGUCUCUCAGCACAACAGAGCACAAUAACAAACAUACAGUACUACCUCAAUUUACACGUUUAGUUGGUUCUGUGACUCAAAACACUUGUAUCUUAAAUCAACAUCACCCCUUGAAAUGAAUUGAAAUCAAUCAAACAGCACAAUAAGAAAAACAUACUUUUAAAUAAGUAAUAGUGUAUGAAAACAAUACAAUAGAAUGCACUACUAACAACUACAGUAAUUUAAUAAGAAUACAGAAUUUGCCUUUAAAAGUGGACUUCUACUGUAGCUUCUUCCAGCUGUUUGUCCGUCAAACACACCAUCAGCAGCUUUUCCAUAAUUUUAUACAUAAAUGUCCGCCGUUUAGAUAUUAUUUCAACAUUCUUGGCUGGUGUUAGACUCAUUCUGCUUCAGUAUCAUGUAGACUCAUGGUGAUACGCUCUAAUUGCUUCGUCAUUCAUGGUUUUGAUGAUUUAUUUCCUUAAUUCGCUGAAUAUCAUCCACUUAAAGAGUAAGACCGGAUGUUUUGGUCGGAUCUUGCGUGGGUUCACUGUGACAUUUGCCAACCAACUGCUUGUAACGCACAUGUUUGCUGGCAACUUGCCACAUAGCAGUUAGCCGAGAGACAGCUCUUAUCUCAAAACACUUAAGUUGACGUACCACUGUAUUGUUCAAAGAAUAUCUCGGUACACGGUCCAUCAUCGGUAUCAUUUCAUGCUGAGACUUCUCGUGUUGGAUCUCGUCUGAUUGUGCAAAACUUGUUAUAAUCGCAAUGCUGUUAGUUUUUCUGGCCAUGAUAGUAUUGUAUUGCAUAUUCUAUAAAUAGAUGUACAUUGCAAUUGUAACCACUGUUUUACGUAAUGCAGCCAUGUAGUUCCAUCCUAUAUUAUACUUUUACCUGCAGUAGGGAAAUGAUUCAUAUGGACCCAUUUCUGAAUGAAUCUGCCAUUACAGGAGGAAGGGGGGUGGUUAUCAAUGUUGCAAUGCAGUCUGCUGGAAAUGAUGGAAACAUAGCAACUGAUGCUGUGGUCAAAACAGGAAUUGCCAAAAAAACACAUUAUAAGAUAUUCAACACUUGACUGCCAAACUGGAGGCUAAAGUGGAUGGUGCACCCCAGCCUCCUCCUAUCCCCCCUAAUUUGUCACGUUUCAUGUGGCAGGUAAAUCGUGACGAAUGGGGGCCAUAUAAAUCCUCUUCCUACGGUCUAUUGAUGUAUUUAACUACCCUGGAAAUCACAUCCAUUGCUAUCAAUUGAACAUUUAUUUGACACCUGGACUAAAUACUAUACUAUGAUAGAAGUGAUUGUGAUGGUUCUAUUCAAAUGAACCUUUGCACAAUGCCUUAUGUGGCGUUUAUGGAUAUUUUUAUUUUUUUUCUUGGCUUGUUGGCGGUGAUGAUACAGACGGACUGAAUAUUUUACAUUUUUCUGCAAGUAACCGUAAGUUUACUGUAUCAACACUCAGGUCUACUGAAGCGUAUCCAAUCACCAAAUGUCUUAGUGCAACACAUUGAUGUCUUAACCUCUCCUAGAGCUGAAUGUACAGAAACUGUGAUUUCCCCAACCCGAGCCACUCGCCGGAGGAGCUUUAAUGCAGAAAACGCUGUUUUCACGUUUUGUUGAUUGUUCGACUGGCUGAGCUGACAUGAUGACACAUGUGCCUUAAUUUAAUCCAAGGAGCUGGAUUAUUUUUUUUUGCAGUAUCAGCAAUGUACAGAUUACAAUGACUGUGCCAUUACAAGUGUUUUUUUGUUUGUUUUUGUG